AUGUGCCAAACAACCCUCUACAAAGACACGCAUUGCAAACACCGCUGGAUGCGCAUCACCACUCCUUGUCUCCCAGGUGCGGGCUUCAACACCUGUCCCUGUUUUUCCCACAACAACAACAACAACAACAACAACAACAACAACAACAACAACAACAACAACAACAACAACAACAACAACAACAACACACGCAACUACCACUACAACAACCACCAUUCUCCCGACGGCCUCUGCCACCAACCCCUCUGCCCCUACCAGCAACAUCCCCAUCCCAAUCACACCCCUAGCCACACCGCUGCCUUUACCACUCCCAUUCAGGGCCAACUCCAAAUCCAAGGCCACAACACCUGCCAAGUCCAUCUUCCUGGCCCUCCCUACCACCAGAUCCAAGAUAACUGCCCACACCACCAACACCUAGUAGCCAAGCCCGCUCCGCCCGCCUACAUCGCCCGCGGCGAACCGUGUCCGGAGUGUGACUUGAGGGGAGUUUACGAUCGGAAUCAGGUCAGGAUGGUCACCAGGAUUAAGAAGGGGAUUAAACUUGGUGCCGGACCCAGUGGAGGGGACCCGGGGGUUGAGGUUCGGUGUUGUGUUAUGUGA